AUGUACAAAUUCCUGCGUAUUGCCGCUUUGGUACCAGCCCUAGUGUUGGCACAAACCCCAGUUCGACAGUGCCCCAAUGGUGCUGGUCUUCCGGCUACGGUUGACAUCAACGGAUGCACGAGUUCACCUUGCCCGAUUCAGAAAAACAAUCCGAUUGUCGCUCACGGCUGGGAUAUCGUAAGCUCUGUGGACACCGCAACCUUGACCGCCUACAUCAGUGUUCGUCUGCUUGGCCUGGAAGUUCCAUUCCCGGAGGAGCUGGUUAACGCCUGCGAAGCAGGAGUACCAGCCGGUACCUGCCCAGUGUCUGCCGGCGAUACCUUCGAUUACACCUUGGACCAUCCCGGAAUGGAGUUACCGGUGGUCGGAGUUACAGUCCAAGUUGAGGUCGGAUUAACUGCUGCCGACGGUUCCGCUGUUACCUGUGUGGCUUUUGAUGCGCGCAUCACAACCUAA